GGAGUACGUGCCUGGUCCGCAUCCCAUCCAACAGCAACAUCUGCCAUUUAUCUUCUUCUAUUUCUGUUAAGUGAUAAGCACACACUUUCUUUAUUUAAUUCUAGCUUCUAGGAGAUAAGGACUACCAAAUCGUGCAAAUCCCAACUGGGGUUUCUUUCUUUCGUGUCACACUCUCAUAAGAAAAGAGAGAGAGACGAUGUUGGAAGGCAGAGCAGUGAUAGAGGACACAGAUAUGCCGGUGAAGAUGCAGAUGCAAGCCAUGGCAGCUGCUUCUGAAGCUCUGGAUCUUCACGAUGUCGUUGACUGCAGAUCUAUAGCUGCCCACAUCAAAAAGGAGUUUGACAUGAGAUAUGGAUGCGGUUGGCAAUGUGUGGUGGGAUCAAAUUUCGGUUGUUUUUUCACUCACUGUAAAGGAACCUUCAUCUACUUUACACUUGAGACUCUCAGCUUCCUAAUCUUCAAAGGGGACUCUUCUUCCUCCUCCUCCUCCAAAAGCUAACGCAGUGUUUGGCAGCAGAGAGAAGAAAGGAAGGACAAAUCGCUGUGGAAAUAUAUAUAGGGUAGGUAGGGGCUUUUGUGAGGAACACCUUUGUAUUUUUGUACUGCUUUUUAUGCAAUCUAAUAACUUUUAGCUUUUA